AUGUUUCAAUUUGAGGACAAGGAUCUGAAGACCUCAUUUAAAAUCAGUAGUGCUGCAGGCACACUGGACACUGAGCCACAGUUUCUGCCAAGCUUAAUUAUGGAGGAGAAGUGGGACAAUGAAGACUUUCCUGCUUUGACAGUCAAAGCAUCCCAUCUGGGCUCUUCUCAGAGAACACGUGGAGGAUGUCCUCGAGAGAAAGGAGAUAGUUUACCUUCUAAGAAAUGGGAUGCAAAAGGCUAUUAUGUGCAGGACUAUACAGUUGCAGAGCGCACUGCACUGAUGGAGAGUGUGUAUCCUCAGUUGUACCUCUACUGUAAGCAGAGAGGAUAUGAUUUCAGAAUGAUUGACCUGCGCAGAGGUGUGGAAGACCCUGUUACUGACCACCAUGAGUCAGUAGAGUUACAUUUAGAGAUGCUUAAGAGGUGUCAAGAGACAGAGGGGCCAAGCUUUUUUCUGUUCACAGGUCAGAAGCACGAGUUCCAGUCAUUACCAACCAUCAUCUCCCAAAAAGACUUCGAAGCAAUUUUGAAUAUUGUUAUAAGAGACAGGGAAAGAGUUUCCAAGAGAAAGUCAGACUUGGAAGAAACACCCAGAGAAACUCAGUCCAGCAUUACCAAUAACAGCGAUAAUAAUUUUACCCUGGAACCAGAGAGGCUUGAAAAUGAGAGGAAAACAGGAAGCACUGCUUUAAUGAGCGAAAAUACUAAUUCCUUGGAAGAAGAUGAAGAAGAGGCUUUCUUAGCGAGAUGUUGGGCAGACUUUGAUCGGGAUUUGACUCUCUUGCUGACGUGGUACCGGCUAGAUGAGAACACAGUUCCACCUGUGUACCGCCUGCUGCCUGUCAGUACAAACCACCCUGACUUCCUGAGCCGUGAUGGGGAACGUAGGAAAGCAGCGAAGAAAGCAUGGUAUUUUACCUGUAAGCGAAUAUGUCGGGUAUUGCAGAGCAAUGGACCAGAAGCCAUUGGAGAUGCAGAAACUUUGUUUCUGCUUAGGACAGUAAUGGACUGGGAGGUAGAACAGGGUCUAGGAGCAAAGCUCCCAGCUGAGGAGUACAGUCACUGUUAUAAGCGCACCAUCACUGACCUGUUGUAUAACUUGAAGAGUGAAUAUGCCUCACAGUUCAUUGACCUGCUUAAAGGCAGAGCAGAGCUUAACCACACCCUGUAUCAGGCACAGCAGACCUUCAUCCACAACAUACACAGGAAGCUCCGACACACUAAUAUCUACGAGGUUAAUGUGAGCUGGGGGAAGAAAGGUCUCAGCCCCAAACAUAACAGAUCACAUCAGUUCUACACAGAUCGUCUCUGUUCUCAUUUCCUGCGCACAGUCAUGGCAGCCUUCAACAGGGUGAUGCAUGUAAGACCAAUCAAAGGCUCUUUUGAUAUCAUGAGAAAAGAAGCUUUACGAACUCAAAUUCAGGAGGAGAUUCAGCUUCACCUCAAACAUGGAAAAACACUAGCACAGAGCUUUGAGCUUAGGCAGAACUUUCUGCUGGAAGUCAGGGAUGCCGUGCAAAUGUCAGCCUCCUCCCAGAAUGCUUUGCUGCUGUUAGGAGAGCCAGGUUUAGGGAAAAGCACCAUCCUGGCCAAAGUGACGGAGCUUUUACCAACUUGGAUACCUGGAGAUGUGACAGUGCUGGGGUGUUUUGUUGGACUGACGUCAGACAGCAGAAAUAUGCGACUUCUGCUGCAAUCUCUUUGUACACAGAUAGCAGAGGUCUACUGCAAAAGCACAGAAAUAUCAGAGUCUUUGGCUCAGCUGUGCAAUGAGCUGCAUUCUUUGCUGACGUUGGUGAAUGAAACCAGGCCUCUGGCUCUAGUGCUUGAUGGUCUGGAUGAGCUGAGUGAAGAACAUGAAGCAGAUUUGUCCUGGCUCUACACUCCUCUACCUCGACAUGUCUACACUAUUUUAUCUGCCAACUCACAGUCCACUUCUGCCCACUCGCUACAGGCCCACGCUAAAGUCUCAGUUCUUACCAUUCCUCCUCUGAGUAGUGAGGAAAUCAAAGCCACUCUGACCUCUAAGCUUCUCUCUGACACUUAUCAGCUUCGAGAGGACCAGUGGAGCCUCUUACUUCGCUCGUGUCUCUUCUGUCCUUUUCCUAUGUAUCUUAGAUUUGCCUACACUGAAAGCAGAAAGUGGACCUCCUUCUCCUCACCAGAACAGCUCUCACUUCCUGGAGAUGUGAGAAGUCUAUUCCUGACCCUCUUGGCACAUUUAGAGCGUGAAUAUGGUGAGAAUCUGGUGCGGCGUGCUACGUCACUGAUCGCACUCUCACGUGGUGGAGUAACAGAAGAGGAACUGUUGAAACUGUUAGGACAUGACAGGCGGGUUUCUCAGGAGCUUACACAGUUACACAAUCACAUUCCAACCACCUCCGGAUUUCCCAGUGUACCUUAUGGUAUUUUGGCCCGGCUUAAGUGGGAACUCAGGUCUCACAUUAUGGAGGUAGAAAGUGAUGGGACAUGGGUAUUAUGCUUUGCCCACACCGAAUUCAGCCAUGUCAUACUCCAGCGCUAUUUGAAAACUGAAGACUUAGUAAAAGCUAUCCAUAUAGACUUUGCAGAUUAUUUUAGCUGCAGUGCUUCUGACAGUCACAUUUUCCAGCCACUUGCAUGGAGUAGAGAUGAAGAUGGCAGGAAAUGUUAUGUGUUUAAUUUGCGUAAGCUUCAUGGACUGCCCUAUCAUCUUAUACAUUCAGGACAGAUUCUGUCUCUGUUCAGCAAGUGCCUAUUUGACUAUGAGUUCCUGCUGCAUAAAGUCUGGGGUCUGUCUAUCAAUCAUGUAGAAGAGGAUCUGAAAGCUGGUGUCAUGCCAGAUAAGUAAGAACUAUGGGCCAGGUAGAAUUAUACUGAGUUGUGUAGUAAAGAUGUAGUAUCCAAGAUGUAGUAAAGUGUAAUCAGUUUGUAUGCAUAUUUUUGUGUUCGGGCUACAGAGAGUUGCCUGAUAUAGAUAUUCUGGCCCAGGCUCUCUGUCUCUCACGCCCUGUGCUGUUAAAGGACCCAUCCCAACUAGCAUCUCAGUUACUGGGGCGUCUUCUCCAUAUCGCUGCCCAGGAUAAGCCUGUGGCUCCAGGUACUGUGAACAGGCACGUGAAACUUCUUACAGCCAGUGGUACUUUUCUCUGCAUUGACAUUCUCAAUUGCACUGGCAUUCCACUACAGGUGACCCUCAGCACUUUUCUUACUUGCAUAAGCUGUUGACCCAGUGCCAGUACUCAUCAGUGCCUGUCCUGGUGCCAUCGUAUAGCUGCCUUCUGCCCCCAGGAGGAAUAAUACACACACUACUUGCAGGUAGAACUGUGCAGACAUGUUUUCACUUUCAAUUAAGCUUAAGCAAAAUAUUCUUGAACGUACAUAUUACAUGCAAUACAUCAAAUAUUAGUGUUUAUUAGCCCAAAAAUGAGACUAAACACAUGUAAGGACAAGCACAAUAUCGCAUCAUCUCCCAAUGAUAGAGCAAAUGCUUUUCUGUUGCAUGACUUGGGAGCUCAGUAUUUUCAAUAUUUAAUUAUAAAGAUUAAAGAAAAAUUAUAUUUUAAAUUUGCUACCUCAAGUGUUUCUAUCUGCAAAUUUAACCACAGCCACACACCCACACAAAAAUAUGAAGUUGAAAAUAUGUAACAGGAAAAUAUUCAGCAACAAUAUUUUGUAGUAUAUGUCGCAAAGCAGCUAUGGAAGCAAAUGCAGGUGUUUAAUGUUUUUAUUAAAUAUGCCAAACAAAACAGAUUACAUAGGACAGACACGAGCCAGAUCAAAUCCAAAAAGAUAAUCAGAGGCUUGAUAUUGGUAAAAAAAUAGUGUGAAGUGAAAGUCCUUACAUACUAGGCUUUGUAAAAAAAAAAAGUAAAUGAUUUAAUGAAACUAAGUUCCCAGAGGAAAUGAAAAAGGUUUGCUUGAAUAUGUCAUUAUACUAGUAAUUUAAUGAAGCAACUUGCUCUCAAAUCGUGGACAACAGUUUUAUUGUUUUGAAAUAAUCUCAUUUAGAUAUGAUUGGCACUAUACCUUGUCUACAGGUCAUAUGAGUCCUGUAAAAGCACUUGCCCUGGGUCAUUAUCAUGCAGUGUCAUGCUCUGCGGAUGGAACCCUCAACCUCUGGAAGAUGGAGGAUUCAGUAACUCUUGUUAAAACUAUACCUAGUUCAGUGGGCUGUAAUCUAAACUGUGCUCCUGAUGCACUCAUUCUCUGUCUGGAGGACACUGUGUUGGUAUUAAGGAUGGGACACAGGCUUCAGGUGCAAGAGUUGGACUCUGGAAAGGUUCUUUACACAGAUGCAGUGUCUAUGGAUGUUCCUGUUAUCACAUCUACCUGCAAUGGACGACUGUUGGUGGUCUUUUACGACGGCAGUCACUUAGUCAAGGUGUUUGAUUUAGCAGUGUCCUGCUCACUGCUUCACUGUGUGAACCUCACUCUUGGUUGUGACCCCAUGCACAAAGACAACUCCAUUCUGGUCUCCCACAACUAUGUUAAAGAUUAUGUCCUCUUUGGGUAUCGGAGUGGCAGAGAAGCAGCUGUUUUCAGUGCUAGAUCAGGGUCAGUAUUGGUUACUCUAAAAGCUCAGAAUCAAGCUGCCUCUAUUCAGGCUGUGGAAAUGAACUCUCAGUACUUCCUGCUAUUCUG